GGCACAGGACACAGGGCASGGCUAGCGCGGAGGGCGGCAGCCACACCGCGGGAUCCCAGCGGGUGCACAGCACCCCCGGCGCAUCCCAUCCCCAGUUCCCGUGCAUCCCCUCGGCCUCGCCGCCGGACACUGCGGGAGCGCUGGCGGGGGGCUCGGGGGCUGUGCGGGCACCCCGGGGGGCCCCGGGGCUGAGGAGGGGGCCAUGUCGACGCUGGCCCCCCUGCGUCUGCUGCGAGAGCCCUGGAACGCCAGCGAGGGCAACCAGAGCAACGCCGUGUUCGGGGCCAGCGGCGGCUGGUGCCAGGGGCUGGACAUUCCCAGCGAGCUGUUCCUGGCGCUGGGGCUGGUGAGCCUGGUGGAGAACCUGCUGGUGGUGGCKGCCAUCCUGAAGAACAGGAACCUGCACUCGCCCACCUACUACUUCAUCUGCUGCCUGGCGGUGUCCGACAUGCUGGUGAGCAUCAGCAACCUGGCGGAGAUGCUCUUCAUGCUGCUGCUGGAGCACGGGGUGCUGGUGAUGCACCCCAGCAUCGUCCGCCACAUGGACAGCGUCAUCGACAUGCUCAUCUGCAGCUCCGUCGUGUCCUCCCUCUCCUUCCUGGGGGUCAUCGCCGUCGACCGCUACAUCACCAUCUUCUACGCCCUGCGCUACCACAGCAUCAUGACGCUGCAGAGGGCCGUGGUCACCAUGGCCAGCGUCUGGCUGGCCAGCACCGUCUCCAGCACCGUCUUGAUCACCUACUGCCGCAGCAACACCAUCCUCGUCUGCCUCAUCGGCUUCUUCCUCUUCAUGCUGGUCCUCAUGCUGGUGCUCUACAUCCACAUGUUCGCCCUGGCCCGCCACCACCUCCACAGCAUCUCCAGCCAGCAGAAGCCGCCCACCGCCCACCGUGGUGGCAGCCUGAAGGGUGCCGUCACCCUCACCAUCCUCCUGGGCGUCUUCUUCAUUUGCUGGGGGCCUUUCUUCUUCCACCUCAUCCUCAUUGUCACCUGUCCCACCAACCCCUUCUGCACCUGCUUCUUCAGCUACUUCAACCUCUUCCUCAUCCUCAUCAUCUGUAACUCGGUGAUUGACCCCCUCAUCUACGCCUUCCGGAGCCAGGAGCUCCGGCGGACGCUGCGGGAGGUGGUGAYGUGCUCCUGUAGGCAGCGGGACAYGGUACCRGCACGGCCACCCMCGCCCCGAAACGGACAGAUGGAUGGACUGACGGACGGAUGGGACGAGCCGCCAGCCCGGGCGAGGGACUCGCUGUUCCCAAUAAAGGCUCUUUGCAGUGACGCUGUGGCUGGCAUCGGGCAGCCCCAGGGAGCCCCGGGGGGAGAGGUCCCUCCCGGCCCCGCCGAUCGGUCAAGGGUCACUUGGUUCCCAGUGGGGACCGGCGGGCACCGGGAGGGACCUGCAGGGCGGCGGGAGGCUGGACCCCAGGCGGGAGGCGGCCCCGGCCACCCCCGGACAAAGGGCCCAUCACGGUCGCCUUUGUUCUCGGGCCGCGCCCGCCACCGCCCACCCCGGCACCGGCACUGUCUCCGGUCCCGCGGGGGCGACCGGCCAUCGGCACCCCCAGAGCGGCCCCCCCGUACUCUGUCCCUACCCCUCCCCGUUACGGGACACGGUUGGGAGGGGUGUCCCGCGGGUGUCCCCCCGCCCCUCCGCCGGCGCCGCCCCGGGAUGCUCCCGCCGACGCCGAGCGGUGCCAGGGUCCCCCCGCAGGUCCCGGGGCGUCCCCGUUCCCCGUGGGUGCCGGGGGUGCCCCCCGGGCCGUGUCCCCCGCGGGUGCCGGGGUCGCGGUUCCGCGGUUGGCGGGGCGUGGCCGGGGCGUGGCCGGGGCGGGGCCGGGCGGGGCGGGGCCGGGCGGUGCCGGUGCCGCAGGGCUGUUGCGGCGCUGCGGCGGCGGCCGCUGAUUGGCUGCGGGCGGCGGUGACGUCAGCGGCCGGCCCGGUGCGGCGGCGGGAGCCUAUAAAGGAUGCGGCGGCGGCCGCGCCGCCCCCCGCGCUCCCGGUGCCGCUCCGCUCCGGUGCCGCUCCGCUCCCGGCCCCAGCCCGCUCCCGUCCCGCUCCGCUCCGGCCCGGCCGCACCAUGAGGGAGAUCGUCCACAUCCAGGCGGGGCAAUGCGGCAACCAGAUCGGCGCCAAGUUUUGGGAGGUGAUCAGCGACGAACACGGCAUCGACCCCAGCGGCAACUACGUGGGGGACUCGGACCUGCAGCUUGAACGCAUCAGUGUCUACUACAAUGAGGCCUCUUCUCACAAGUACGUGCCUCGCGCCAUCCUGGUGGACCUGGAGCCGGGGACGAUGGACAGCGUGCGCUCGGGUGCCUUUGGCCACCUCUUCCGCCCUGACAACUUCAUCUUUGGGCAGAGCGGUGCCGGGAACAACUGGGCCAAGGGGCACUACACGGAGGGGGCCGAGCUGGUGGACUCGGUGCUGGACGUGGUGCGGAAGGAGUGUGAGAACUGCGACUGCCUGCAGGGCUUCCAGCUGACCCACUCGCUGGGCGGGGGCACGGGCUCGGGCAUGGGCACCCUCCUGAUCAGCAAAGUGCGGGAGGAGUACCCCGACCGCAUCAUGAACACCUUCAGCGUGGUGCCGUCCCCCAAGGUGUCGGACACGGUGGUGGAGCCCUACAACGCCACGCUCUCCAUCCACCAGCUGGUGGAGAACACGGACGAGACCUACUGCAUCGACAACGAGGCGCUCUAYGACAUCUGYUUCCGCACCCUCAAACUGGCCACCCCCACCUACGGCGACCUCAACCACCUGGUGUCGGCCACCAUGAGCGGAGUGACCACUUGCCUCAGGUUUCCCGGUCAGCUCAACGCCGAUCUCCGCAAGCUGGCCGUCAACAUGGUGCCCUUCCCGCGGCUGCACUUCUUCAUGCCGGGCUUUGCCCCGCUGACGGCUCGGGGGAGCCAGCAGUACCGCGCCCUCACCGUGCCUGAGCUCACCCAGCAGAUGUUCGAUGCCAAGAACAUGAUGGCCGCCUGCGACCCCCGCCACGGCCGCUACCUCACCGUGGCCACCGUCUUCCGUGGCCGCAUGUCCAUGAAGGAGGUGGACGAACAGAUGUUGGCCAUCCAGAGCAAGAACAGCUCCUACUUUGUGGAGUGGAUCCCCAACAACGUCAAGGUGGCCGUGUGCGACAUCCCGCCGCGGGGGCUGAAGAUGUCCUCCACCUUCAUCGGCAACAGCACGGCCAUCCAGGAGCUGUUCAAGAGGAUCUCGGAGCAGUUCACAGCCAUGUUCCGCCGCAAAGCCUUCCUGCACUGGUACACGGGCGAGGGCAUGGACGAGAUGGAGUUCACCGAGGCCGAGAGCAACAUGAAUGACCUGGUGUCCGAGUACCAGCAGUACCAGGACGCCACGGCCGAGGAGGAGGGCGAGAUGUACGAGGAUGAUGAGGAGGAGUCGGAGGCGCAGGGCGCCAAGUGAUGCCCGACGCCGCCCCCGACAGUGCCCGCAGCCCCCCCGGCUUCGCGCUGCUGCGUCCCCCAGGUGCUGCUCCCCUGCCGCCCCCUCAGUGUCUCCUGUCCCCGUCCCCCCUGAGCCGGCUCGGCCCCUCAGCCCCCUUUCCUACCUCCCCCCCUUUUCGUUUUUUACUGGUUCGUGUCUUAUUAUUUUUUUUGAAUACUUAAUAAAUUUAUUGCUGUCCAGGUA